AUGAGUAUCUUUGGGUACCGAAAAGAGCUGAAGAAGUAUAAAUCGGUGGAUGAAGAUGAGCUGUUGGACAGCCUGACGUCUUUGAAGCUCCAGGAGCUGGAGAAAGAGCUGACAGACAUGGACCCAGACGACAACGUACCCAUCGGGCUGAGGCUGAAAGACCAGACCACCAACACACCUUCUCCAGAGAGGUGCUGCUGA